AUGGGCGAAACGACCGAACGAACACAAACCAUCUAUGGGUCCUGUCUUUGUGGAACAAUCAAAUACCAUAUCACCGGAGACCCAGCUUUGAAAAUACUCUGCUACUGUCAGAACUGUCGGAAAUCGACUGGUUCGCUGGGGAUGGCCAAUAGCAUAUAUCGCCGGGAGAAUGUAACUAUAACGCAAGGCCACGACACACUUCGCACAUACAAGGAUAAUGCAACCAAUAAUGGGUCGACUGUUGAGCGAUCAUUCUGCGGGAAUUGCGGGUCGAAUCUCUUUUGCGAAAACAAGGAAAAGGGACCAGAACUCGUGAUCGUGACAUCGGGUACGAUGGAUUUGGCAGCUGAGCAGACUUGGGAGCCGGUGAUGGAGUUUUACUGCAAGGAUAAGAAGACUUGGUUGGACACUAAUGUGGAGACGAGGAAAUUUGAGGAAGUCCCGACGGCGUUUGAUAAUCUGUGA